GUCCUCAUAUCCAAACAAGCCCCGCCCUUGAUCUCCACGUGUUUUCUCUCCGUCUCUACCAUUCACUCUGUCUUCACUCUCCUCUUCACCACCACCGGAAACCGCCACAACCUCACCGGAAAAGCAAGGAUUUCCUCACUAGGUUCGGCUACUUCAACAAAUAAGUUCAUUGGAAGGUGUGUCCUGUUUGCUUCCAUCACGGAGUAUAUCUGCAAUUGUCAAGAUGGUCUAUGAAAUAAAUGAGCAAAAAAAGAUUGGACUAGGUCUCAUUGGUUUUGGCUUCGCUUUCUCAUUUCUUGGUGUAAUUCUAUUUUUUGACAGGGGUUUACUUGCUCUUGGGAAUAUAUUUUGUUUGACCGGGGUAGCCCUUUUACUUGGUUGGCACUCUACAUGGAAUCUCUUCACUAACAAAGCAAACUACAAGGGUUCAGCUUCUUUUCUUUUAGGACUAUUUUUCCUGUUUGUUCGGUGGCCAAUAGUUGGUAUAAUCUUGGAAAUAUAUGGUUGUGUUGUUCUCUUUGGCGGUUUUUGGCCAUCUGUCAAGGCGUUUGUCUAUCAGAUUCCAGUUCUAGGUUGGAUUAUACAGUAUCCUUUCCUGCUUCUUGAUCGCCUGAGGAGCUGAAACUCAUGCCGGUUCUGACGUUUCCAGUCGAAGUAUUCCAAUUUUCAGUUAACUAUCUGAAGAUGAUUAUCGACGGCUGAGAGGUUUUUGUCAAUUCAAGAAUCAAUCAUCGAAUUAGCAUAAAAGGUGAAACUACUGGGUAGGAUGUGAACCACCAUAGUCGAGAGCAGCUAGAUACCAUUUUUCUGUUAUUUGUUCUAGAACUAACAAUACCCGUGAGAGAGGACAAGUGAUUCUGUCGUUUCUUCUAAGCAGUACAUUCAUGUUCCUCUGUUUCGCAAUUUAGUGUAAAAUAAUGAUAAAUUGCAUACAUGGUAUA